AUGGCAACAACUAGUAUUGCACAAACGGAUAAUAUUGCAGACGAAAACUCACGUCGUGCUGCCCAAGAAAUUCAAGAUUAUCUACAAGCUCGUCUUGCUGAUACAUCUGGGCCUCCUUCAUUCCGAUCCCUUCCCAUCAUCGAUUUAACCCCUUCAUUCUCACCAUCCCUAGCCUCCCGUCAAGAGGUUGCAAAAAAAAUCAACGAAGCAUGUACCACUGUAGGAUUCUUCUACAUCACCGGACAUGGAAUUCCCAAGAGUAUUUGUGAUGAAGUAUUUAAGCUUUGCGAACGUUUUUUCAGCGAAUUACCUCAAUCCUCAAAAGAUGCUAUUCAUGUUAAGAAUUCGGAUCAAUUUAGAGGAUAUGAACCUGCUAGUUAUUCAUCUGUGAAUGAUUUCACAACAAAAGAAACAAAGGAGGCUUUUAAUUGGGGUUAUGAGUAUGGAUUAGAUCCUACUGGUGGAGAUGGAAAAUAUGUGGAACUAGAUGGGACAUCUGCUGGUGGUAAAAAUCAAUGGCCGAAUGAAUCUGAAAUUCCUGGAUUCUAUAAGGGUAUUGCGGAUUAUUAUGGCAGGAUAUUACAACUGUGCAAGCACCUUUUCCGUCUAUUCGCCUUAUCUCUAUCUCUCCCAGAGGAUUACUUCGAUCCACUAGUAACUCACCCAGGAGGAAUCGGAAGACUAAUCAAAUACCGACCAAGUACAAAUCCCAAGCCCCUCUCAUCCCUAAACGAAGAAGAAGAAAUAGGACUUGGCGCCCACUCAGACUACGAAUGUUUCACCCUCCUCCUCCAAGAUGAAACUCCUGGCCUCGAAGUCCUCAGUCCAGAUGGAAAAUGGGUAAGCGCCGAGCCCGUUGAAGGCGGAAUCGUAGUAAAUGUUGCGGACUUUUUGAUGCGUUGGACAAAUGGUCUUUACAAGAGUACUAUUCAUCGGGUUGUCAAUAGGACGGCUAAGACUCGAUAUUCGGUGCCUCUAUUCUUUUCAAUCAAUUAUGAUGAGACGGUUGAGACUUUGUCUUCUUGUGUCAGUGAGGAUAAUCCAUCGAAAUAUCCUCCGAUUACGGCGGGAAGAUAUGUAUUAGAUCGUCUUGCGAUGACCGUUCCGGGGAAAUAUUGA